UUUUUCCGCAGAGUUAAGCCUCUUUGCAGUCAUAGUGGGUCGUUUGUAUGCAAUGCAAACAGGGAUGAAGAUUGAUAGUAAAACCCCAGAAUGCCGUAAAUUUUUAUCCAAACUUAUGGAUCAGUUGGAAGCUAUGAAAAAGCAAUUUGGUGAUAAUGAAGCAAUUACUCAGGAAAUUGUUGGUUCUGCUCACGUGGAGAAUUAUGCCUUGAAAAUGUUUUUGUAUGCAGACAAUGAAGACAGAGCUGGGCAAUUUCAUAAAAACAUGAUUAAGUCCUUUUAUACUGCAAGUCUCCUGAUAGAUGUUCUAACAGUAUUUGGGGAGCUCUCUGAAGAGAACGCCCAGCACAGGAAGUAUGCCAGGUGGAAGGCAGCAUAUAUUCAUAACUGCUUGAAGAAUGGAGAGACUCCUCAGCCUGGGCCUAUUGGAAUGGAAGGAGAAAGCUUGGCAGAUGUUGAAAGGGAAGAAGCAGGGUCAUCUUCUCUCCAUAGUGGAACAACUCAACCAGCAUCUUCAUCUACAUAUGAAGCUAACAACAUACCAACUAGUAAUUACACUGGCAUACAUAUACCACCAGGUGCCCAUGCACCAGCUAACACUCCAGCUGAAGUACCUCAUAACACAGGAGUGACAAGUAACACCAUUCAGCCUGCUCCUCAGAAUAUUCCUCUAGUCGAUCCUUCCCUUUACAGUGCUCAAUCUGCAGGGGAAGUCCGUUUGACUCCAGAGGACUUUGCCAGAGCUCAAAAAUAUUGCAAAUAUGCUGGCAGUGCUUUGCAAUAUGAAGAUGUGAGCACCGCUGUGCAGAAUCUACAGAAGGCCCUCAAGUUACUGAUUACGGGCAGAGAAUGAAGUCUUUACCUAACAGAUUCAUGUCUUUUGCCUAAGAAACUUAACAGCUUAUUACUGUACCUGUUAGGGGAGUGGAGUUAUACACGAGUUCUCAGUCCCAUCACCCAUGACAAUGAAAUCACUAUUUCAAUGUCUUACUAGCGAUUAAUGGUACAGUAGGAAUCUCUUUUCGUUUUUACAAACAGUGGAGCUAGAAACAUGAAUGCAGUGGCUUGAUGUAAGCAAAAUACUGAAGAAAGUACUGUGUGAACACUGCUCAAGAGUUAGAAUUCAUCUUGCAAUAUUUAGGUUAUUGGAAUGAGAAAAUGCUGAAUCUGUCAAAAAACUUGAGCAUAAGAGUGUUCCAUUAAAAUUCUUACUCUGAUUUUAUUAUUUCAAACAAUUACUUAAUAAGUAUAAUAGCUUUAAAAUCAUAAUUCAGAUUAGCGCUUUCCUCCUGAAGUGAGAGCGUGUGAGAAGGCUGACAGAUCCACAAUGGGAAGGACUUUUUUCUGUAAACAAAUUAUUUGGGUAUUAUCUGAGGCAUAAGUCAAAGUUGAGGGAAACUUGAGGACAUUUGUAUUUCAUUAUAAAACGUGCUGGAAAAAACAUCUCUUGAUAUUUCAGAGAGUCAUUUUGAUGGUGUUCCAACCCAAUCCCCCACAACUGUACAGACUGCUAAAUGUAUUCUUGAUUAUUGGUUCUUGCUCCUUUUGUGUGAACACUUACAAUUUUGUAUAUGUAUGGAUAAUUAAGAGAAAGUACUAAUACUUCUCAGAGAUGAUCCUGAAAGCUGAGGCCGAGAUUCUAAACAACAUGAACUUUUAGGGAGAUUUACCUUGUAGCUGUUUCAUCUUCUUAAGAGACUGAAAAAAAGGCCUGUUCUUCAGUCAUUAAAGCAGUAUAGGUUCAUCUCUGGUAUUAGUGUCAUAGAGCUUCUUAUUUCCAGCUAAUAUUCUUCCUGUUUGCUUUGUUGUGGAUACUUUUUGGACUUGGGAUUUAAUUAAAAUAUCUUGGAAACUGUA